GGACACAGCGGAUUACAGAUCACCGGAAAGAGCCGAUGGCUUCAGCUCUGUCACAUGAUCAGCUGUGUCCAAUCACAGCUGAUCGCAUCCCCAUCAAUGCCACCUAUCAGUGCCCAUCAAUGCCACCAGCCAGUGCCUACCAGUGCACAUCAAUGCCACAUAUCAGUGCCAGUCAGUGCUGCCUUUCAGUGCCACCUAUCAUUGCCACAUAUGAGUACUGCCUUUCAGUACCCAUCAGUGAUGUCUGUCAAUGUUCAUCAGUGAUGCCUGUCAAUGCCCAUCAGUGCCACCUACCAGUGCCUCCUCAUCAGUGCCCAUCAGUGCAGCUUAUCAGUGCCCAUCACUGCAGCCUCAUUAGCGCACAUCAGUGA